CGUUCGGUUUUUUGUGAUAAUUAAGUUUUCAAAUGGCGCCGACGAACCAGAAAAGAAAAAACGACAAACCUCAAAUUAAAGAUGGCAAUUUUAGGAAAGAACGACAAGCGUCAGGUGGGGUAAACAAGAAAAAGAAGUGGAUCCCACACAACAAAAUGUUUGAAGGCAGCGUUAAAGAAGGUCAAGGGUUUGCUUUUAAGAAAAAGGAGAAAGUCAGACAUGAGUACAACAAACUGCUGAGAAGGGAGCGUAAGAAGAACCCCAAGGCCGAUGUGGUGUACAAGGAGGAGUACCCACAACACCUCAAGCAUCUGUACCUAGCGGAGGCUGAGCAACUGAGGAAACAGGCUUGGGAAAACAGAGUGAACAGGAGCAAGCUAAGAAUGAAAGGGCAGAUGAAGGAUGGAACUGAAAAUAACGCCGAUGUUCCUGACACAGACUUUGCUGGAGGAUCUGAGCUGAUGGACUCUGCUUCUGGGAACCCUGAGCCAACAACAUCGGAGCAAGAAAGUGUUCCAAUAAGCAACCGCAUGCGAAAGAAAAUGCAACGGAAGACAUCUUACCAAAAGACGAAGGAGGAAUUUGAGAACGUUCAAGAAAAACGGAGACUAAAGAAAGAGGCAUACCUGAAAAACAAGCAGCAGAGAGAAGAAGCCAUUCAGAGGUACAAGCAGAAAAAAGUUGAGACUUUCCGCCUCCUGAGUCAGAAGACUAAGAAAGGACAGCCGAACUUGAACGUUCAAAUGGAAUAUUUACUUCAGAAGAUCCAAGGAACUGAUAAAUGACUCCUCUGCUUGAACUGAUUUAACUGACUACCAUUUAAAACCUGAAGGAGGGCUGUGAUUUUACUCUGUUUGCCUGGAAUGAUUCUCAGCUGUAACUGAGGAAAACCUCUACAUCUUAUGUUUCAGGUUAUUUUGUAACAUUUGUGUGCAGAAGGACUGUCAAACCACCAGAUGGCAUUGUGGUUUGGAGAUAUGUUGUUUUUUUGUUUUUUUUAAGUUUAUUUCUUGUAUAAAAUAAAAGAAAAAGAAAGCAUUUUUUUGUUCUUUAAACUAACGAAAAACUCAUUGUUUUUGACCAAUAACAACAAUCAACUCUUCAGUUGACUGUUAGUGUGCGAUUUUACUUUUCCACUGCGAGUUAAAUCAUUAAACAUUCAAGGAA